GGGAGUGCUGGGCACGUCCCCAAAAUGACAAAAAACCAGUGUCAUGCCGUGAGGCCCCACCCCCUCUUCCAGAGGCCACACCCCUUCUUUCUGAGGCCCCAACCCUUUGCGAGGACGGCACGGCAGGUCCCUCUUCGACACAUUCAAAAGUUGGGAGGGUGAAGACAACAGUUUCAGCAGUAGUUGGAUGUAGCCUAUAGAAAUGACUGCACUCACGUGACUGCAUUUGGUGGCAUUACUACUGCAUGGACCCCUCAGCUGGUACAGGGACACAGGAAUAGCGGACCUCCGGCUCUCGCCAUGGAGCAAAUAACUGCUUUCUUCCAAGGCAUCUAUGCCAUGAUGCUAAAUAAACAUGAGCAGGGCAUUUACAACACCGUCUGCCUAGGAGUACUUCUGGCACUGCCAUUACUGGUCCUGUUCAUUGCUAGCAUUAUUUGUUGCCAUUGCUGCUGUUGUCGGACCAGAAAAAGUAGCACGAUCAAACACCAGCCUAGCAAGAAAAAGAAGAAAAAUGAAGAAGAGGAUUUCUGGAUACCCAGCCCACAAGCCAAGCCCAUAAUGUUGGAGAAGGUGCCUUCCUUCUCUGUAUAGCUGUUAGACUUGGAAUAUGAAGACACUUGGACCACAAUGUCCUUAUCUUUUACAGCUCAGCACGCACAGCACUUAGUUGUUCGGAGAUGUGUCACUGUCAUCAUGUGUCUGGAGACUAUACAACGGUAUUAUGCGGCAUCUAUAGCUUAGCACACAGCAGAUCAUACAGAUGGCACCUUAAUAUACCAAGUGAACAAUGCUGAAACAUCAGUCCAUAAAAUUAAUUAAAGCCAGUGCCUUCCCACCAUUAAAGAGGACCUUGCACCUUAGAACAAAAAGGAAUAGAAACUGUCCAGACUUCUCACCUAGAACUCAUAGGUAUAGAUUUACUAAAGCUUCUGAAAAUGAAAAGUAGAGGCAUUGCCGAUAGCAACCAAUCAGAUCUUAGCUAUAAUUUCUUGAUUGCAUUCUACAAAAUGAUAGACAGAAUCUGGUUGCUAUGGGCAACGCCUCCACAGUCUAUUUUGGAAGCUUUAGUAAAUCUACCCUCUUAUAGGUCAUAGGUAUUUGAAAACUCCUUAUGGCCGCAGAUGUAAUUAUUCCUGUAACAGCCAAUGCAGCUGCAGAAGGCAGGGCUGGCGAUGGAUCUAAUUUGGAGGCCCAGCUAUGGUCUUCUACGCAUGUCAGGAGGCUGGGGUAUGCUCAUUGGAGCCCUGUUUGGGUUUUCGGUUCCACUGUGAUAAUUAUUAAGAAUUAGAAUAAUUAUCACAGUGGAGCUUAAAAACCACAAACAAUCCCGGCCCCUGUACAGAUUUCUCCAAAGCAGCACAUACUGUAGAUGUGCACUAACGUGCCAAACCGCCAAAAUAAUGUGGAUUAUGUCUCUAGUGAUAUUUUCAAUUGAAAUAGUUAAAAACCUAAUGCAUUGAGAAUACUACUCUUAAGAUCUGCUGUUCAAUACAACUACUUUAUAGGUAAUGGAUUAUUUUUCAAACAAGUUCCUCCAGUUUUUACCACUUUUAUUUCCACUUAAAACAACUUAGAGGAAGUUGUGGUUAGAAAACAGUCUUUUGAUAAAAUAGAAUUCAGGUUCUUCUCAAAGAGUCCAAGAGACAUCUACCUAGAAUGAUAUCAGUAAACAGAACACAACCAAUGGAGAAGAGUUUCCUUUGAAACUUUAAUAAAGUACCGGUAGCAAUUAGCACAUUACAUAACAAAAUAAACUGGGGACUUCAUGUUUACUGUAACCGUUUGGGUCCGAAUGGAGUCAUAAUUUUGUACAAAUCGUUUGUUAUACAAUCUCACUCUUUGUUUCGUGUUGUAGGCAAUCUACAAUACGAAACAAAGGGUGAUAAGACAGAAUGGGGUGAUAAGGCAGAUUGGUUCAGGUAAUAUAUCUCCAGUUAACUCCAGAUAAGUUCCUAGUUGGGCCAACCAUUAGCCAUUUAAUAGCUGCUUAGUGUGGUGGAUGUAAGCCUCUAUGGGGUCUAUGUAAUAAGAGCCUUGGAGAGAAGUCAAGUGGACGGCGAUAAAGUACCAAUCAAUCAGCUCCUAAAUGCUGUGUUACAGGCUUUGUUUGAAAAAAUGCCAGUUAGGAGCUGGUUGGUUGGUGCUAUAUCGCUGUCUGCUUUAUCGCUCUCAAACGCUUAGUACAUAGACCCAAUGUCUUGCCCUUGACAAUCUGAAUUAUG